AUGGUCGCAGUUAGCGCAAGUCGGUUGGGACUCAUCCUCUCCCUCUAUCUCUCCUCAGCCCUCAUUUCCACAACAACCGCCCAAACAUCCAAACCCCCAGCAACAGGACUCCCCACCACAGCACUCCCAACCCCUACGGGCACCGCCACCCCUCAACCCACAGCGCCCGCCAUCGAUGCCCCUGCAGCCUUCUUGGGUGUCGCCUCUGCAUCCAACAAAAAAAUGAUCUACUACCAGGGCGGACAACUCAACCAAGCCGGAGCUGCGACGUUUUCUUCAGACCUCUUUGCCCUCGAUAUGACGAAAUCCUGGCCAAAGUCUUCAGCUGCGUGGAUCAACUUGUCGAAAGCGAACGCUACCUCUGGAAUGGGUCCCCAAGUGAGCGGACAUUCUGCAGCCAUGAGUGCGGAUGGUUCGACGCUGCUGGUUACAGCCCCCUGGGGAGAUGGCACCAAACCGUUCUUGUACAGUUAUUCGAUUUCUUCGGGAGUGUGGUCUUCUUCCAAUGCCCCUGCUGCACAAGCGGCGAGCUGGACAGGGCGCAAGAACGCAGACCUGAUCACAAACUCAGCAACUGGAAUAUCAUACUUCCUCGGCGGCUCCCUGGCAGAUGGCAGCAGCACCAACGAAGUCGACGCCUACAAGGACGGCCAAUGGACAGCCUCCCUCCCCCUCACCCCCGCCCCCGGCGUCACAUCCCUGAACCAAUUCAGUUCCGGCUCCGCCAUCCUCUACAACUCCAAGAUCUUUAUCUUUGGAGGCUUCUCCUCGUCAGUCGGUCAACGCGGGUACCAGUCCUUCCAGUCCUUGCCCUACAUCGAUGUCUCCAACCCUGCCGCCCCUAUACAUGGGAUUCAGUUGACAUUGGGCACGUACCCGCAGCCUCGUCAGGACCAUUGUACGGUUUUGACGGAUUCGAAGAAGGUGUUGUUGUUUGGAGGGUAUGAUGCGAAUGCAAAGACGAGUCUGUCGGACUUGUGGUCGUUGGAUAUGAUUACCAUGACUUGGACCCGGAUCAUUCCAACCAACCCGACUUCACCAAGAAAUGGGCAUACUUGUAACAUUGCCGGUGCCAACAUGAUUGUCCUUGGAGGCAUGUCGAGUACACCAACGGGAGGCCAGCAGGCAUACGUCAAAGACAUCCAAAUCUACGAUGUGAUGCUCUCAAAGUGGAUGGGCGAGUACGCGCCCAAGGCAGACGGAACCGCCAUCAGUGAUCCCCUCGGUGGUGGCAACAACGGCGCCUCCUCAGGACUCAGCACGGGAGCACUCAUCGGAAUCAUCAUAGGCGCAAUUGCCGUCCUCGGCCUCAUCAUCGGACUCUUCCUCUACCGCCGUCGCCAGAAGCAGAUUGAGAUCAAGGAGGCCGAGAUGGAGAAGGAGGCUUAUCUGGCCUCCCUCAGACCCGAGGGUGGCGAUACUGCAGGUCGGGAUUCGAAGGCCACACCACGCGUGUCUCCUAACGCCGCGCGGGCUGCUCUUUCGACCCCCGGGAUGAUUCAUAAUGGCGCCUAUGCAGGAAUGGACGAGUUGCUCUUGAAUAACGCUAGCGGUUCCCCUGGGAUGGGUGGACAGGCACAAGGCAACGUCCAGUACUUGAUGCAGCACCUCCCCGAUGGCACGAUUGCAGUCCAACCUGUCUACCUUGACCAUACUGGCGGCGCAAUCCAUAUGCAAAGCCCUUCGCCCAACAUGCAAGCCCUGGCCGUCAACAGCCCCUCGCCCCUCGAUCAAGGAUACGUCAGCCCUCCCGGUGCCUCCUCUGGACAUUCUGCCGGAUACUUCUCCCCUCCACCCCCCACACACGGUUCCAGCGUCUCGUCUGGCGGUAUCGCUUCCCCCGUGGCGAGCCCCUACAUCUUGCCACCUACUUCUGGCGGUGCGACACCAAAGGUGUCAUACCCUGCACCAACAGCAUCAAGAUCAGGAGCCAACGCUUCCCAGGACCCGUUUGCGUCGCCUCUGUUGGGUAACGCGCCCAUGCCUCCAGGAUAUGCCAACAGCAACUAUUCGAAUGGCGGUAUUCCUGGGUUGGGUUCUCCUCAGCAGAUGCAUCCUGAGCACAACCAGCACUUCCAGCAUUAA